AUGUGGGACUUAAGAGCGGAGCUUCGCUUGAACGACACCAAGCGCUCAUACAACAAAGGCAUCUCUCUGAAGGAGGUCCUCCAGGGAUGGCUACAAGCAGCCAGGCUACAACAAGUCACUCGUGAGGUUCGCAAGGCAGGCAGACUUCGCAAACUUCAGAAAAUAGAGCAAGUGCUGCGAUCCACCAACAUUUACAGAGCAGCCAAAACAUUGGCGCCAAAGGCACCGCGGAGGAGAAUGCAAAUCAGGGACAAGAAUGGCCGGAUUCAAACAGCCCAUGCGGACUUUGAGCAGAUCCUCCAGUAUUUUCAGCAGUUGUAUUCCGGUCCGCAGGCAGACAGCAUUGUUCUGGAUACACCCCUUCUUUUCACGACAGAUGACGUACAACAAGCUGUCCAUCGGCUGUCGGUGUCCAAGGUUAUGCCUGCCGCCAGCGCUCCGGCUGCUUUGUGGAGAUUGCUGGAGAGGCCAGCAGCGACCAAGCUGACCCAACAGUUCAAUCAAGACUUUUCGGGUGGUCCAAUUGUAAUUCCAGAUCUUUGGAAUGUGUCAGAAUUGGUGCUGCUCCCCAAGCCCUUUAAGCCUUUAAAGAGCCCUGCUGACCUCAGACCUAUAGCCCUGCUACCCCCGGAGAUCAAAGUUCUGUCAACCAUCUUAGCCGAACGCAUACGCCCCUAUGCGCUGCAGUAUUUGGCCGACAUUCCACAGUUGGCUUACCUUGCUGGGCGCUCCUUGCAGCAGGCGCCAUCAACAUUCAUGGACGAAGAGCUGGACAAGGCCUACGAUCGCUUGCCACGAGUAGAUCUCGAAGCUUCCCUGAAUGCAGCCGGUGUCCCUACGGAGCUAGUGAAGGUGAAGUCCAGACAGAAUGUGGAGUACAUCAAGGUUCCGGUCAGUUCGGGGCUGGCGGAAGCCAACAGCACGUACGCUGAUGACUUUCUUUUCAAUUGGGCCAUUGACAGCUUGCAGGCAGCGGACAAGGCCUACCAAGAAGUACGUUCGGUCUUGCAAACGCUUCAUUCGCGUGGACUUCAGGUCAGCGGAGACAAGACAGUCAUCCUCCUAGAGCUCCGAGGCAAGCACUCCAACAAGGCGCUCAAGAAGUACAUUGUGAAAACUCAUCGUGGCAGGUCACUGGCCAUACAACAGGCCAGGCAAAUCACCAAGUCAUACAGCGUGAUCACCAGGGAAUCCAAUGAUGACUUCAUGGAAAGGUAUGCUAUUCCAGACGUUGUGGAGUUGAUUGCUGCAGCCUUUGUGCGGUUCUCAGAGAAACCCGCAGCUGACUUUGAGCAGCUACCGGAGCUGGACAGGUGCCGGCAAUGGCGAUCCAUUCUGAGUGCGAACUUCCUAGACAUUGCCCCGGGUGCUUUGGGUGCACGCACCGGCCCGGAUGGCGUGAAUAUUCUUCCUCCUGUCAAACUUGUACCUGUUGAUCUUGUUGCUGAGCAAUUUCUUUGUGAUGAGUGUGGCUUUGCUUUGCAACACAAGCUGCCCUGA